CUUUCCUGGUGAUUAGGCUUUUUUAUUAUCAUUAUUUUUAAUCCCUCCUUCCCGCUGCCCCCCACCCCCCGCUCGCUGUGCGUGUGCCACCGGGGAGGAUGCGCGCCUCCCCCAACCCCUUCCCCGGCAGCUCCCGCCGCGGCGGCGGGGCGCGGGGGUCAGCGGGGAACCGCGGGGCCGGGGUUGCGCUGGGCCGCACCUGGCCGCACCGCGCUGCGCGGACUGCGCCCCAUGAACUCCCCCGCCGCUUCCUGCCGCCCCUCGGCGCCUGAGUCUCCGCUCGCUUGUGUCCAGCAGCGUGGACACACGCACGGAGGCACUCACUCGCAGCGCUCCGCCGAGCUUCCCAGGCUGCCGAACAGCGCAGCGCAGCACAUCUCCGCGCAGCCCGCCAGAAGCCCCCUCCUUCCAUUCCUUCCUUCCUUCUCUCUCUACUUCCCUCCCUCUCUCCUUCUCCUCCCCCGCUCCCGCCCGCUCGCCGCUCUGAAGGAUGCCCGGGCAGAGAGAAGCCAGGAGGUGAGGAGUUGUCUAAGCAAGAAUGCCAGGUAUUUCAGGCUCAGCGACUUGUGCACCAUUUCAGCAGCCAUGUCUCAUCUUUCCAUCUGCAUACCUGGAGUUGGUUUAUCCCUUGGCUGGUCUUUUCAGUAACCACUAAAGUCUUCUUGAGACUGAACACUGGAAGAGAUGACUUAAAUUCUUCCUGAAUAUUCUUCAUCAAAAGUAGAUGUGCUGGACUUUCUGGAUGUGCAUAAGGAUAGAAAGACUGCAGAAGUCCUGAAGAUUGAUGGAGGGCCAUGCUAUUCAAACAGCAGCCGUUGCUGAGACAGAAGCUCUUUGUACUAGGCAGUCUUGCUAUUGGAAGUCUCCUAUAUCUAGUUGCCAGAGUUGGGAGCUUGGAUAGACUGCAGCCCCUCUGCCCCAUCGAUGGUCGAUUUGGACCCCACAGCCAGGACGAAAUCCCUCUGCGAGCUCUGCAGUUCAAGAGAGGGCUGCUUCAUGAGUUCCGAAAGGGCAAUGCCACCAAGGAACAAAUACGACUGCACAAUCUGGUUCAGCAACUUCCCAAGGCCAUUAUCAUUGGGGUUCGGAAAGGAGGCACCCGAGCACUGCUGGAGAUGCUGAACCUUCACCCUGCAGUGGUCAAAGCUUCUCAAGAGAUUCAUUUCUUUGACAAUGAUGAGAACUAUGCCAAGGGGAUUGAGUGGUACCGGAAAAAAAUGCCUUUUUCUUACCCUCAUCAAAUAACAAUUGAGAAAAGCCCUGCAUAUUUUAUCACUGAGGAAGUACCUGAAAGGAUUUACAAAAUGAACUCAUCUAUCAAAUUAUUGAUCAUUGUCAGGGAACCUACCACAAGAGCUAUUUCUGAUUACACUCAGGUGCUGGAAGGUAAGGAAAGAAAGAAUAAAACUUACUACAAGUUUGAGAAGCUGGCUAUUGAUCCUAAUACCUGCGAAGUGAACACUAAGUAUAAGGCGGUGAGAACCAGCAUCUACACAAAACAUUUGGAGAGAUGGUUAAAAUACUUCCCAAUCGAGCAGUUUCAUAUCGUGGACGGAGACCGGCUCAUCACAGAACCACUGCCAGAACUCCAGCUGGUCGAGAAGUUCCUAAAUCUUCCUCCAAGGAUAAGUCAGUACAAUUUAUACUUCAAUGCCACCAGAGGGUUUUACUGCUUGCGAUUUAACAUUGUCUUUAACAAGUGCCUGGCGGGUAGCAAGGGACGCAUCCAUCCAGAGGUGGAUACCUCUGUCAUUACCAAAUUGCGCAAGUUCUUUCAUCCUUUUAAUCAAAAAUUUUACCAGAUCACUGGGAGGACAUUUAACUGGCCCUAAAUUAAACUUCAUACAACAUUUUCUGUUGCACCUGAGACAUGCAAUUAAUGUCUCUGCUAAAAUAUGCACUUUUCAUAGACAUGGCUAUCAAAGUAACUUUUUUCAUGUAUACGUGUACAUAUGCAGUGUGUGACCAAAUAUAUGGUGGGAUCAACUUUUUCUACAGAGUAGUAACUAACGUAAAUUUACUGUCAACAUACUAGCAUCUUUUAAGAUAUAAUAAUAAAGGGAAAGGAGGUAUUGAGGAACAUGAAAUCAGACACUGUUAAAAGUGUCAGUGUUCCUCUCACUUAGUGAAGUGUUUAUGUGACAUGCUUAUUGAUCUAAGCAGAAUAUUGGUUUAUGCCAUGAAAAUCAUGUAAGAAGUCUGUGAAGCUGUGAGAAAGCAUAAUUUUCAAGCUAUAUUUGCUAUGUAUAUUGCUAAAGGAAUACUGACACUUUAAACACAGUGCUGAAUUUUUACGAGAGUGGAUACUACUAUUUUCUUAUUAUUUGAAAUUAAUACCUGAAUAUCUUGUAUCAUACAAACUACAUUGUUGCAGAGUUCCUGUUGUGAGUUUGCACUAUUGUUUUAUUGUAUGGACCAUAGUGUCACUUGUAGCAUGUCAACCAUGUGUCAAAAAAAGCUCAAAUAAUUUUUUUCUUCUGUGCUUGUGUAUCAACAAAGCUAAACAUCAUGUACAUACUGUACAAUGUUUGUAAAUACCGGUUUCACACUAAGUAAUUCUAUUUUGUAAACUGAAUAUGGCUAUUUAAUUUAUUGUGAAAAUUAAAUUUAUUGUGGUAUUUAAAAAUGGAAUGGAUUAAAAUUACCUAUAUGUGCAA